AUGGAUUUAACAUUACUAUCUAGUGACAGUGACAGUGAUUUGGGAAUGCUAGCUCAGUUAUCUGACUCGAGUGAUGAAGAUGAAACCCUACGCCGCACUCCAAAGAGAAUCAGAAGAGUGAACUAUACGCAAAGUCUCGAUGACGGUGAUUUUACCUUUAGGUUUCGAUUGAACAAACAUGCGUUCAAUUCUUUAUUGUUAGAAAUAACCCCAUUAUUACGAGUAACAUCCACGAGAAAUUACGGAGUAUCACCAUUGCAUCAACUUUUGUUGACCCUACGGUUUUAUGCACUAGGCACAAUGUUGAUAUCCGUAGCAGAUUUUGUUGGAGUUUCAAAAUCUACAGCAGGCAGAAUAGUGCGAGACACAUCAUCAGCAAUUGCCCAAUUAUAUGAUAAAUAUAUUUAUGUUCAUCGAAGGAGUGCAGACAAAUUUUAUAGAAUUGCUGGAUUUCCUCGUGUGCUUGGGGCAAUUGAUGGCACACAUAUCCGCAUACAGUCUCCAUUUUCUGAAGCUGAACAUAGGUACAAUGAAGCACACAUUAAAACUAGAAAUACUAUUGAACGAGCAUUUGGAGUAUGGAAACGUAGGUUCCCUGUUGUAGCUCUUACACUACGUUUGUCAAUACCAAAUAUGCAGGCAGUAAUAAUAGCAACUACAGUCCUACAUAAUAUUUGCAGAAAUCACAAUCUCACAGAAAUCCCCUCUGAAGUAGAACUACCAUCUAUCGACAAUAGUACAAUGCCUCAUAAUGUAGUUGUUAAUGAUAUUCCUACAAACCAUAGAACUGAUUUGAUAAAUAAUUAUUUUAUGACAUUAUAG